CGGGCUCGCGGUCCCGGCCCCGCGGCGCCGCUUCCGGUGCGGGCCCCGCCCCGGCUGUGGCCCCCGGCUGCGGAGGAGUCCGAGACGCAGCUGCUGCGGCGGGGCCUGAGUGGCUGCUUUCACCCCCCCUGGCCGGACCCGGAGAGCUGCGCACAGGUUCAGACCCAGUGUGCCCACUGGGCUGUGCCCAGGUUCAGAGCCAUGCCAAUCGGUGGGUGAAACUCGAGGCAGUGAUGGAGCCACUGCAGCAACAGAAGCAGCCGCCGCCGCCGCCGCCGCCACCGCCACCGCCACCGCCACCACACCUGGCUCCUCUGCAGAUGGAUACCAGGGAGAAGCAGGGACAACAGAUGAGGGAAGCCCCAUUCUUAUAUGCCCAGAAGUUGGUCACGCAGCAGACUCUCCUUUCCGCCACCCCUGGGAGGUCUUCUGGCAGCCCUGCCCUGGGACCCUUAGCCAGAGUUCCACCAGCCACAGCAGUGGCCCGAGUGUUUGAACGGAGCAACGUGAACUCAGAGCCUGAGGAAGAGGAAGGAGGUCUGGAAGAUGAGGAUGGGGAUGAUGAAGUUGCAGAGGUGGCUGAGAAAGAGGCCCAGGCUCCUUCAAAGUAUUUUCAUGUGCAGAAAGUGGUUCGCCAGGACCCCAGAGCAGCACCCGUGUCCGGUCUGCUUCCAGCGCCGGGGCUCCCACCGCGGGGACAGCAAGCUAAAGAAGACCAUACCAAAGAUGCUUCCAAGGCCCCACCUUCCGUCUCCACAGCUGGGCAGCCGAGCUGGAAUCUGGAUGAGCAGCUCAAGCAGAAUGGUGGUUUGGCCUGGAGUGAUGAUGCGGACGGAGGCCGGGGAAGAGAGAUCUCUCGAGAUUUUGCCAAGCUGUAUGAACUGGACGGUGAUCCGGAAAGGAAAGAGUUCCUGGAUGACCUCUUCGUCUUUAUGCAGAAGAGGGGGACUCCCAUCAACCGAAUCCCCAUCAUGGCCAAGCAGAUCCUGGACCUAUAUAUGCUGUAUAAGCUGGUGACGGAGAAGGGGGGCCUGGUGGAGAUCAUCAACAAAAAAAUCUGGCGGGAGAUCACCAAAGGCCUGAACCUGCCCACAUCGAUCACCAGCGCCGCCUUUACCCUGAGGACCCAGUACAUGAAGUAUCUCUAUGCCUACGAGUGUGAGAAAAAAGCCUUGAGCUCCCCGGCCGAGCUCCAGGCAGCCAUCGACGGCAACCGGCGGGAGGGCCGGCGGCCCAGCUACAGCUCCUCCCUCUUUGGCUACUCGCCUGCUGCUGCCACUGCUGCCACCGCCGGGGCCCCCGCCCUGCUCUCCCCACCCAAGAUCCGCUUCCCCAUCCUCGGGCUGGGCUCCAGCAGUGGCGCCAAUGCCAGCAGCCCUCGGAUAUCCCCAGCAACCACUCUCAGGAAAGGUGAUGGAGUCCCAGUGACGACGGUGCCUGUGCCAAACCGCCUGGCUGUGCCCGUGACCUUGGCAGGCCAGCAGGCCGGGCCCCGGACGGCCGCGCUGGAGCAGCUGCGGGAGCGGCUGGAGUCAGGGGAGCCCCCGGAGAAGAAGGCCUCCCGGCUGUCGGAGGAGGAGCAGCGCCUGGUGCAGCAGGCCUUCCAGCGCAGCCUGUUGAGCAUGGCGCGCCAGCUGCCCAUGAAGAUCAGGAUCAACGGCAGGGCAGAAGACAGAACAGAGGCCUCGGCCGCAGCGCUGAACCUGGCCACAGGCAGCAUCGGGAGCAUCAACAUGUCCGUGGACAUCGAUGGCACCACCUACGCAGGUGUGCUGUUUGCCCAGAAGCCCGUGGUCCACCUCAUCGCAGGGUCUGCCGCCCAGAGCAUGGGCGGCAGCGGCAGCGGCAGCUCUCACUGCUCAGCCAGUCCUACCUCGUCCCGGGGCACCCCCAGCGCGGAGCCCUCCACCAGCUGGUCCCUCUGAGGGGCAGGACCCAGCUCCCCGUGCCCCGCUCUCCUGUCGAGAGUGAAGGAGGUUGAUGCACAGAAUUUACCUCAUCUCACGGAGCCCACGUCAAACACCAUGUGGCCAGAUGUUGAGAGUUUGGACAUGUCCGUCUGUCCGGGCUCCGUUCGGGUCCUGCUGUACUCUGGGGACAGGGAGAGGCUGCAGGGGCAGGACAGGGCAGCGUUGUCCAAUCAGGGAUUGUGCUGGAGAACUGGGCGGGGUCUGUGGGCAGCCAGCUUCCUCCGGGGUUCCCAGGCCACCUCCCGUCCCGGGCACAGUGUAUCGACAAUCUGUAAGCCGGCACAGGGCUGGAGGCCCUCCAGAGCCCUUCCCCUUAAUUUAUUUCCCUUCCCCUGCUUUCUGCCGUGACCCUGGGGUCACUGGCCUCUUCCCCUGCUCAGCCCUUCAGUCUUUAACUCCCAUGUUGGGGCUGCUAGGGGCCAAGACAAUGCCUUCGUGGCCUUUCCCCGCUGAGCAUGGGAUGGGGCCCUCCUACCCACCUCACCUACCAUGUUUGGUUCCAGGGGUGUGGGUCCCUCAUAUUCAAGUCUCGAAGCUAUCCUCAGGGCCCCAUGUCCCUCUUUUAAUGGCCCCAAGAAAGGGCACACGAGGGCAGUCCUCAGGCCCCAGAGCUUACUGGGUACCUGCUGAGGGAGAGGCAGAGCCUCAGGGGGCUGCCCAGGCAGGCCCUGGCACCCGCUUUCACACUGACCCUUUUCUGGCCCUCCCAAACCUCACGCUCUCACUCGCCCUUUUGGCCACCUCUCCCAGGAACAGCCCACUUGUCCCUUGGGCCCUCCCUUCUCAUGGGGUCACCUCAGCCCCAACAUCCCCAAACCUGCUGAUGUCAGGUUCAUUGAAAUACCUCAGAUUUGUAAUUGUUGAUGUUUGAUUCUUCAGGAAGUAUUUGCAUCUCUGAUAUCUUUUUUAUAUGUGUUUUGCUGACUUUUUUGUUUUUAAUUUUUAUUGUUGUUAUUGUAGCACCAAAGAAAUGAAAGCAGAUCACCCCUAAAGCCGAGCAAACCUUUGGUACCCCAGCCCCUCCGGCCCUUCACUAAGACCCCAGUGACGAGGCGGGGAGGCAGGCAGGGCAGAUGACUCAGGGAUCACGGUGGCCAGGGAGGCGGUGAAGCGAGAGGCCCUUGCUCAUGCAGGUCAGGUCCAGAAACCACACGGUUCUGAAGAUGGUUCCUGACCCAUUUGCUGCCAGAGCAGGGCUGGUCCCACACCCCUACCCCCAGCUCCCCAGGGUGGGGACAGAAUGGCUCCCCUUCACUCAGCAUUGCCACCUCAGGGCAGGGGCAGGCCGGGGAGGCCCUGGGCCUUAUAGAGGCCUUGUAGAGCCGUCCCAGGGAUAAGGGGAUGCCGUGAGCUCCGUCCUCCCUUGGGCCCCUGGGCUGGAGCAGGCCGCUCCCGUAUUGGGAAGAUGGGGUGAUUGUCACACCAGGCUCAUCUCUGGUUGAGUCCGCCCUGCAGAGCUCACAGAACACCGCUCACUGUGACGUCAUCAGGCUGUGGUGGUGACAGGCCACGCUGGCACGAGCUGUCACACGGCUAGCAUUCGGCCCUGUCUGUGAAAGGAAAGGGAAAUCAAAAGCUGGAGCACAAAACAGCUCCCUCAGCCUGGUAAGCUGCACUCUGCCGGACGCAUCUUCUCACUCCCUCCCCAGCCUUCCACACACUUGCUCACACACACACACACACACACACAGCCCCACCCAGCGGGGUCUGACCCUCUUCUGGCCUCAGGAGCCUUCCCGUCUUACCCACCAGGUAAGCGCAGGCGGUGGGCAGAGAAGAGUGUCUGGGAUCCGGUGCCAGGAGGGGCCCGGUUGGCUGGCGCUGGGCCCACUUGAAAGUGUCGCAACAUUUGGCCAGUGUGUCUUUCUCAGGGGUUUGGUCACAAAGGAUGGACUCUUCUAGCCGGAGGACACAGGGACAGUGCACUGUGGCUUUCUGGUCAUUGGAUCCUCUCCCCUUCCCUAGGCAGCUUGCCCAGCCAGCUUUGCCCUCUCAGCAAACCCUUGCUGCCCUCGAGGACAACAGCAGGGUCUCAGCCCGGAAGCCCAAGAGUCGGGGAUGCCAGCAGGUGCCCCAGGAGCGGGGCCCUGGGCAAGAGAAGCUUUCCCUGAAGGUGCAGUCCUGAAGGCCACAGGGCAGGCCGUGGGCCGGGGCCGCUUCGUCCCCACCCCUCCCUCCCCUCCCCAUCUGUGUACUCUGACCAGGAAAAUGUGCUAGCACAUGGGUAGCCUAGGCAGUGGAUAAAUACCUCAGACGUCCUCUUGCAGCAAGUGUCUGUAUAUGUUGUGGUUAUUUUCUAUCUUACAUGUUCUCGAAUGUUUAUAUUUCAAUAAACCUCUACCUCUUCACACAA